GUCCACAGUCUCUGGUCAUCUCCUGUACCAUGUCCGCAGUCUCUGGUCAUCUCCUGUACCAUGUCCGCAGUCUCUGGUCAUCUCCUGUACCAUGUCCGCAGUCUCUCUGGUCAUCUCCUGUACCAUGUCCGCAGUCUCUGGUAAUCUCCUGUACCAUGUCCGCAGUCUCUGGUAAUCUCCUGUACCAUGUCCGCAGUCUCUGGUCAUCUCCUGUACCAUGUCUGCAGCCAAUAGUCAUCUCCUGUACUAUGUCCGCAGUCUCUGGUCAUCUCCUGUACUAUGUCUGCAGUCCAUUGGUUCCGAAUAUUUUUUUUCCUGUUUUCUGCCUCUAAAACAUAGGUGCGUCUUAUGGUCAGGUGCGUCUUAUGGAGCGAACAAUAUGGUAACUUUUGCACAAUAUUAUAAUUUUUCGAGUUUCACCUGUAUU